CCCUCUCUGCAUGCUUGCUCAUUAGUGCUGCACUGAUCCUCUGGUCUUACAGUUAAAACUGUCAGUUGGUGCAAACUGGCACACAUAAGAUGCACAGUUAAUACUUUGGCGCUAGUAACAAACUCCAAAUCUAAAAAUCAGGAUCUUCUUCAGUGGUCAGUGAUGAUUGGGAGAUGACGGGACUGUUGGUGCUGUGUGUGUUUGCAGUCGUGUUCAACGACAUCUCUGCCUCUACUGAAGUCUGCACAAAUACCCUCCUACCUGGAGCUAAAGGAGACCAAGGUGAGAUUGGAGAGGAGGGAGAUCAGGGUAAACUGGGAAAAAAUGGACCACCAGGACUUCCAGGACUGUCAGGAGAGAUGGGGCUUGAAGGAGAUGUGGGCCACACAGGAAAGAUGGGGCCUAUUGGAGACAAAGGUAACAAAGGUGAUACAGGUUUGGAGGGGCCUUCUGGUUUAAAGGGGAAACCUGGCACAACAUGUGACUGUGGCAGGUACAGGAAGGUGGUUGGACAGCUGGAUGUCAAUGUAGGCAAGCUGAGGAAGGCUGUCAAGUUUGUGAAGAAUGUCAUCUUGGGGCUGAAGGAAACAGAAGAGAGAUACUACCUGCUGGUGAAGGAGCCCAAGAGGUUCAGAGAGGCUUUAAUAAACUGUAAGCUGAGAGGAGGCACCCUGGCCAUGCCAAAAACCAGCAACACCAACCGUCUCAUGGCAGACUAUGUCAGUCAGGCAGGACUGACAAGAGUUUAUGUAGGACUGCAGGCUCAAAGCAAGGACACAGUUGGAACAAGUGGUUAUGUUUAUGCAGACUCCAGUCCUCUGCAGGGUUUUGCAGCUUGGAGCCAAGAGGAGGAGCUCAAUUCCAGAGUAUCUCCCACCACAAACUCAAGCUGUGUGGAGCUGCUCAGCACUGGGACAUGGAGUUAUGUGGAGUGUGAAGCCACUUUGUUUUUUAUCUGCGAGUUCCCAAAGAGCAGGAGAAGGGGAGGAUCAGGAGGAGGGGGAAAUUGAAAAUCUAGACUUGGCGUGGCUUACACAGUUAGAUCUGUCUGGACCUAUCCUGGAGGAAAAACGUAAAAAUACAAAAAAAGGUCAGAGACCUAUGGUUCAAAAGAUGCAGGCUAAAAGAUAAAGUUUGUUCUUAUAGCGCCACCAACUGGCCAAUUUGCUCUAAAUUUGCCUCUGGGUCCUCAGCAAUACACCAGCCAAUUCAAUUUAAAAGUUUGUCAGGUUUUUGAGUGUUGUGCACCUUUAGGCUUCUAGAGGGAGACACACUGAUGGUUUGCAGUGUAAUGUUCACUAAUUAUGUCUCUUUGUACUGCAUUAUUAUUACGUAAAACAUUAGCAUUAAAAUUGCAGUAUAUGUA